AUGGGCAGGCAGGGCGGACGUGCGAUGCGACGGGCUGGGGCAGCCCGCACGGGCGACACGACGGACAGGGGCAGGGCGGACGUGCGAUGCGACGGGCUGGGGCAGCCCGCACGGGCGACGCAAUGGGCAGUAGGGGCGGACGGGCGGCGCAACGCGGGGCAGGGCAAGGCAUGCGCGGGGCAGCGCCACGCGGGGCAGGGCAGGGCGUGUGCGGGGCAGCGCAACGCAGGGCAGGGCAGGGCAGGGCAUGCGCGGGGCAGCGCGACGCGGGGCAGGGCAGGGCGUGCGCGGGGCAGCGCGACGUGGGGCAGGGCAGGGCAUGUGCGGGGCAGGGCCCCCGUUGCGGACCCUUGCGGCCCCUCUGCGGCCCCGUCGCCGACACCUGCGGCCCCGUCGCCGUCACGUGCGGCCCCGUCGCCGUCACCUGCGGCCAUCCCGCCGCCACCUGCGGCCCUGUCGCCACCACCUGCGGCCCCGUCGCCGCCAACUGCGGCCACGCACCCGCCACCUGCGACCUCACCGCCACCUGCGGCCCUGUCCCUGUCACCUAUGGCCCCGUUGCCCUCCCCUAGCGGCCACGUCGCCGCCUCUACUGGCCUUGUCACCGCUCAGCCGCCCAGCGACCGAGCCACCGCGCAGCCCAGCAACCGAGCCGCCCAGCAGCCGAGCCACCCAGAAGCUGAGCCGCCCAGCAGCCGAGCCGCCCAGCAACCGAGCCGCCGAGCAGCCGAGCCGCCCACCAGCCGAGCCGCCGAGCCGCCCAGCAGCCGAGCCGCCCAGCUGCCGAGCCGCCCUACUGUUGAACCCUUGCUGUUCCUACUGCUGUUCCUCCAGUGCGAUAGGGCAGACGGCCUCUCUCUGUUCGACCUCACCUCUCGUGCCUCCCCUGCCCCGCCUGCUACUGCUGACAUUACUGGGUGUUCCCCCUCCCCCCUCUUGCCCUCUGUUGCUUCUGCUGCUGCGGUCGACCUCGUUGGUUUUGAGUCGGUCGGCGCUGCGUCUGCCCCGAGCGGGGGACGCCGCACCGGCAAGGGCAAGGGGGGCAAGGGAACUAAAGGGGCUGGAGGGGGCGGUGGAGGUGGUGGUGGAGGCAGUGGAGGGCGCGGUGGGGGUACUGGUCCCUGCACUUACGUCUUCUGUACCGGCAAACGAGCUGGUGAGCAAUGCGGGGGCCCGCACUCCACCCAGCGCUGCUUCGGUCGCGUGACGGACGCGUGGCAUCGCCAUCUCCCUGAUGAGUCAGAGAUCCCUCGCUGGGGAGAUCUGUCUAGGGCGGGAGUUGCCAUCUUUGAUCUUGACUAUGAUGCUAUCCUUGCUGCCAUGUUUUCUGUGUCUACUAGUGUUGAGGGUGACUGUUACCUGUGUGUACCGCCUGACCCGGGCAUUGAGGCCAAAGCUCUAGGUGCUAGUGAGGCUGCUACUCUAGGUGCUAGUGCAUCUGCUGCUCCAGGUGCUAGUGUGUCUGCUGCCCCAGGUGCUGGUGAGUCUGCUCUCUCAUAUACUACGUCGGCUCAAUCCUUACACACCUUCACCCUUGACUCGGGUGCGUCCCGCUCCUACUUUCGAGACCGCACCACUCUUACGCCGCUUAGUCGGCCGGUUGCGGUCUCCCUGGCGGACCCCUCAGGGGGUCCUGUCCUUGCUAGCUUCUCCAUUGUCUUACCGUGCCCGGCAGCCCUCUCUGGCACCCUGUCAGGUCUCUACCUCCCCUCGUUCUCUACGAACUUGGUGAGUGGAGCGGACCUACAGGAUAGGGGGGUUGACCAGUUCACUCCUGCGAGUCAGCGGGUGACCCACUGCACGUGUGCUCGGACAGGCCGACACUUGGCCAUGUUCACCCGUUUGCGAGUGUCUGAAGAGAAGUGA